ACCUUGGGAUCUUACAGUGAAGGGAGGGCCACAGUACAAUACAAUACAAUUAUAAUUAAUAAUAUUUGGUCAAAAAUGAGGCGCUGAGACUCGUAUCUUGAUAAAAGCACCAUAGGUGCCCGCACGAAAUGAUAUUUUUCAAAACAUGCAUAGGAUUCGCUACUCUGUAGCACCACACAAAGAGAAAACUGGAUCCUUUAAAAUCUGCCUCUUCACUUUGAUAUUAAUGAAGGGUCUUAGAUGCAAGGUUUCCUGGAUUUGUUUUGUGAAUUGUUUGUAUGCUGCCUUAUUGCUUGAGUGCCUUAUGCUUUCUUUUAUUUUCUAUUGUAUUUAAGUUGGUUUUCUUGGAGAUUGUAAGUCACUUGUGGAGGAAGUUCCACAAAAAGCGGGGUAUAAAUCUUUAAAAACAAAAACCCACGAUAUAAAUAAAAUAGUAGACAUCUUCAUUGGAAGAGCUGAGUCUAUUGUGCCAAAUACAUGGAAAUGUGUUUUUUUUUAAUAAAAAAAAUCCUGCAGGUUUCCUUUCAUUGAACUGGAGCUUAGCUAGUCUGCAUGGAUUCUGGAUCCAUGGCAGAGAGACAGCAAUAGAAUUUGAAUCAACCACCUGCUGGAACAUGGUGGCACCCGGCAUACAUGGCUGUCCUGUGUCCCUGAGCUGAGGCUGCAGGAGUCUGCCCAGGGCAUACUGAACACAGUGCUGGAGUCCAAGGCCAUCACCUCCUACCCUGUGUUCAAGGUUCAUGCCAGGUUGUCAACAGAGAGCUGCCAGUUCCUCGCUGCCUCCUCAGAAGGAAAAGCCUCCUUGGAAGCUCAAAGAAAGGAGAAUCAUGAUUCCCUGCGAUUUCUGCCUAGGGAAACCUCAUUCCGCAGAGAAGAAGUGUCUGACCUGUGAGGCGUCCCUGUGCCGGGACCACCUGAGGAAACACAAUUCGAAGGCCACCCAGAAGGACCAUGCUUUAGUGGCUCUUGGGACCGCAGGGGCCCAGGAGAAGAAAUGCCCAGAGCAUGCCAUGCUGCUGGAAUGCUUCUGUCAAGACGACUUGGCGUGUGUUUGCAAGGCCUGCUCCACCACUGGCUCCCACAGCAGCCACAGCGUCGUCGCCCUGAAGGACGAGUACGACAAGCAGAUGGCAAUUCUCUCACAGAUUAUGAAAUCAAUGCAGGAAUACAAAACUGCCACAAAGAAGACACUCUUACAUCUUCAGAAAAGUGAGGAUCAGAUAAAGAACAAUAAGAAAAUGUUGACGGAUCAGCUCUCCAGAAUCUUCCAAGAGAUCAAGUCUCAGGUAGAUCAGAAGGAGAAGCAGAUCCUAGGUGACAUCCAGUCCAAUGAGAAAAAGCAGCUGGCUGACAUGGCUGCUCUGAAGAAGCAAAUGGCAGACAAGAGGGAUGUGGCUGCCCAGGGCCUUCGGGAGCUACAAGCACUAACAGAGAAAACAGAUGCUUGCCUCUUCCUCAAGGAUUUUCAGCUGGCCCAAGAGAGGAUUAAGAAACAGAAUUUCAGCAAUGACAGUGUGGAAGUGCUGACGGUGCAGCUGGAUCAGUCAGACAUUCAGGAAGUCAGAAGUCACACAGCCAUGUAUAUCUCCAACCUAGACGCCCUGAUGCAAGUAGUACAUGGUAAAAUCAUUAACCAAACACAGUGGAGCAGGACAAUCCCAGCUGCUGAGUUCUCUCUUGAUGAUGUGAUUUGCAAAGUCUUCCCAUCACCAUCACCACUACCACCCCCACUGACUAGGGAUAUAUCUGGAGAAAACGCAGGUGCAGACGUUCAGAAAUGAUGAAACUAAUAAGAAAAAAGAUCCCAGCCAGGUUCACUGGCUAUAGAAACAGGAAGAUACAUAACAGGAGGAAUGCUUUGAAGGUGUCUGGUUGAACUGAGUUGCAAAAGAAACCUAGUGGGAUUUGAUGAUGUCUCAGUUCAGAAAAAGCACACUCUACCUGCUGGCUUUAGUGUUUGAAGGGGGCAGGAUCUGUUUGAUAGUUUUUGUGAGUGACUUGGAAAAUGCCUGGACUACCGUACUUUUGUUGCCCAUUCCCUGUAUUUUGAUGUGUGUAAUAAUAAUGGAACUACAAAAUGUUGAACAAAACAUAUAAGCAGCCAAUCAAAAUCCUUUGUGCCAUCCUGUCAAAACAUUUUCUUUGAAGGGCUCCAAACUCUGUUAUCAUGUGAGCUGUACAACUCCCCUUAGAUUCUGUUUUGCAGCCCUCUUGGUAAGCAAUUGUUUGUAUUGAGUAUAGUUGUGUUAAUUUGUUUGACAGCAUGAAAAGCUAAAAGUGCUGGGUGAUUCUUUUUGCUUUUAUUGUUCGCUUGAAGCAAAUCAAAUGGAAUCCAUUGCCUUGCAAACAUAACUCCUGCAUAAUUAAGCCAAUCUCUGGUGAUGGAAAUAAAGCUUGGGUGGUGAUUAGCAUAGCAUUAAGUCUUUUGAAGGAGAAGAUGUGUAUUGCUGAUCUGCUGGAUUCACAUUUAGCUCCCUGCAGUUUAAAAUAUGCUCUGUUGACUUCUUAUGUGUUUUUUCUGCAUUGGUUUCCCAUUCCCAUCAACAGAACCCCUCCCAAAUCACUGAAUAUGCAGAUCUGCCACUCUCCUCCAAGUAAAAGGGGGCACCUUCUGGGAGUGGAAACUACCGGUAGUCUGGAAGAUCUUAGGAACUUCUGUGUCCACAGCAAGUCACUGUGCUGGGAGUUUCAGAAUGGGGUUCUUGGAGACAGAACGGUUUGGUGUCCUCUGAAGAACCCCAAAUAUGGAACCCUUUCUAAGCAUAUGGUUGAUGGUCCUAAUGAGAUGGCCAUUUCAAUUUAGAGGGCUGGUUAGACUGUGAUUGCAAAAGUGCCCCAAUGAAAACAAGUGCUGGAAGUAUGUAGGCCUACAUGGUGAACAAUCUGUGAAUAAAAGCCCCAGUGAUCAAAUCAUAACAAGUCUUAAAUCUUUAAAGGGACAAAGGAGGAGGGGAAAUGUUGCUGGAGAAAUGUAAUACUUAAAUCAGCAGAACCUCGUGGUCAGUGAAUAAGUGGAGCAAGGAGCCUAUGUUUCUGGGGUGAAUAAACAUCCUUCAAGAAGAACUAGUAUUUUAAGCAUUUCAUCUCAUCCCUUCAUAUGCAUGAGUUCCCUUAUGCAUUUAGCCAGUUGGAAAGCUCCUGUUUCCUAUUUCCACAAACUACAUGUAUGCCAAGAGGUUUACAGGGUCCAGAGAUCUAGCUGAUCUGUACCCUGAGCUAAGCACUACCUGUGCCAUAACCCUCACUAUCAGUUCCUUGCUUGGCUUGCACUUUCCUUAUCAUCUUUUGAGGACAUAUACUGGAUUCUUGUCCGGGGCUUCUGCUGCUGCAGUUGUGAUACUGAACUCCUGCACACAUGACAUUUGAGACCUAAGAUCCACACCAAGAUGAAAAACAGUUGGGGAGAUCAGCACAGUAAAGGAAAACGAAAAAGCUGGUCAGUUAAUAUUUCUGUUCACCUCUGGCCUCCACUUGCAGUAGAAACAGGAACUACAGGCAACUCCUGAAUACCUUCUUUGUUUUUGAGCUUUGUUUCUCCUACGCUGGAGAUCUUCAGCCUUAAACAACAACAAAAAGGUCAGAGGGAGCAACAAAUUAUUUUGAUCACUUUGGCUGUCCUUUAUUGAAACUUCUCCUACACUACAAUAUCCUUAUCGUAGCGGAUCAACCAGAACUGUACACAGUAUUCCAACGGUGGUAGUUGCACAAUAGGUUCGUUAUAAUGGCAUUAUGAUAUCAGCAGCUUUGCUUUCAGUUCCUUUCUCCUGAUGUUCUCUAGCAUGGAAUUUGCCUUGUUCACAGCGGCUGCACAAUGAAUCAGCAUAUUCAUCAAGCUAUCUACCACAACCACAAGAUCUCAUCCCUGGUCAGUCACUGUCAGCUCAGAUCCCAUGUACGUAUAUGUGAAAUUAAGAUUAUUUUGCCUCUACAUGCAUCACUUGACACAGGUGAACCUGUCCCUUGGACCUACCAUUUCAAGCCGCAGUCAGGGACUCACAUGACUGAACAUUCCUUUAUAUAUAUUCACACAAAAAACUAUACAUGUGAGGGAGAAGAGUAGACUAGAACCCUUUCCCCUAACAUCUAGUUUUGCAGGUGUACUUAUUAUUUGAUUCUUUUUUGUGUGUGUAUGGAGGAUUGAAUCCUGUGCAUCCAUACUGACUGGAUGGAAUGGUACAGCCCAGAGACAAGUCUACUGCACCAAUCUGCAGACAUAGCUGGAUAGCUGCAAAACACUGCUAUGAAUUUGGAGUGAAAACAAGCUUUUGAGGAAUGGUUCCUCUGAUUCUGAUUAAUUCAGUGUCAAGGGAUAAUGCCUGCCUAUCUUUAAUCCUAGACUGUUUUAAUUAAAAUUGAAUUUAGGGAUUAAGUUGGCACACAAAAGUUCAUUAAAUAAUGUUUCCCAGAGCAGCCUCUUAAAAUAUAUUUGGACAACUAUAAAGAGAGAUUUCAGUAAUAUUUCACACAUACUUUAGGGAGCCAAACUUGCUUUAUGAGUAUUCAGUGGUACCAUGAAUUAAAAUGCUUUUGGCAUAUGUACAAAUUGGGCACCCCAGUGUGGGUGAGCUGAAGAUACAAGCAUCUUUCUUAAUUAAACCAAAUUUCUGCAUCCAGACUAUGAGACUGAGAUUUUAAAUUAAUGGCUUUUCCAGUUUUAUAAUUGGCAAUAACAGUCUUCCUCCCAGAGCAUUUAGAAAUACUUGGUUGUUUUUAUACAUAAUUUUUAAUGCAAUUCUCAAAUUACAUUUAUGUAGUGCAGGGAUUUUGUUUUCAUAUCGUUUUGUCAUAUUAAUUACAGCACCAAAACCUGUCAUAACCGAAGGCUCUGUAGCCUCAAGUGAUUCUGCAAAAUUAGCUGUUUACAGAAAGAGAGCUCGGAGUUCUUUUUCAGAGAUGAAAAAAAAUCAGUUCAUGUUGCAUCGUGUUGAACACACAGUUUCAGUCAAUCAUCAUUUGGACAGGUAACUCUGUGACUCCAUACAACAAAUACAGUUCUUCUUGUGUGGAGGAUCAUUCAUCUGUCCAAGCUUUUAAAAGAAAGAAGAAAGCUUAUUCUGACAGAUGCUGCAUAGAACAAAACUGAGUAAAUCUGCCAGGAUAUUAAUGAAUGAAUAAAUGUUUUUUUCAGGGGUCUACAAUUUUUGGCUGGCAUUGUUGGCCAAGCCAAAGGCUACAGUCACCAGCUACCACCCCCACCCACUGGAAACAAGUG